UUUUGUUAUUUUUGUGGCCCAAGCAAAGCGAUAAACUCCUUGUGCGUCUGGAGCGCCGAGCGGGUAUCUGGUGCACUGUGCGAAUGUUUGUUUACGUUAUCUGCUGAAAAGCUUGAGUGGCCGCACGCCUGAUUUUUGGAUGUGAGAAUAUUUUUAAGUGUUCGGUUGCAGAUGGAUGUGACUCAUAUCAAGAAAGAAAGUACGUUGGAAUACAGUACAGCAAAGAUUUCCCAGCAAGAACAUGAGAAUUAUAAUGAACAGACACAAGAAGAGUAUAUUUUUGUUAAGCCAGAACUGGAAGAUUGCAUGGCCGAGGAAUCGAGCAGUGCCCAGGACCCUCUCAGUUUAGACAGUGAAGAUGUACAGUUUGCGGAAACAGAGGAUUCAGGUUUGCAGCAGAAGAGCUUCAUUGAGGAAGUGAAGGAUGUGAAGCUGACAUUUGAAGAUGUAUCCAAUUCGAGAGCCCAGCACGUUGAGCUGUCACCAAAUGAUGUUGGCUUUUCGAGGACAGUGAAUACGGGAUACAAAGUACCAAAUGAAGAGUCUCCUUUUGCGAAAGGAGAAUGUGAAGACCGUGCCGUGCUCCAUACGGUCGCUGUUGAGGAAGAGGGAAAUUCAGACCCGGAAGAGGAAGGCUCUGAGGAUGCGGAAAGCGAGGAGCAGAUGGCGACGUGCGACACGUGCCGGAAAGGUUUCCCCUCGAUGAAGGCGAUGGUAGGCCACACUUGCAAGGCGGCUGAUGUGGUCGCCAGGGAGGGCGCCGCGCUGCCGCCCAAUGCGUGUGCCGCCUGUGGGGAAGUGCUGGCGACUGCGGAGCUGGCACGCCGGCACCUGCACUCGCAGGAGUGUCCGCGCAACCGGCAGCUGCCCGGCGGCAGAGCCAGGGAUGUGGCCGAACCGGGGAAGUUCGCCUGUGACCGGUGCCCGGCGCGGUACGGUCGUCGCAGCCAUCUACUGCGCCACCUGCGUGUCCAUAGUGGCAUCAAGCCCUUCUCCUGCUCCACCUGUGGUAAAGCAUUCCUGGACCCCAGCUCUCUCAAGGCCCACGAAGCCACACACACGGAUGACAGGCCCUACGUGUGCGGCCUGUGUGAGAAGCUGUUCCGGCAGUCGGCACACCUGAGAGCGCACCUGCGAACGCACACGGGGGAGCGGCCGUUCGCCUGUGAGGAGUGCGGAGCAGCGUUCGGAACUGUGGGUACAUUGGCCAUCCACCGACGGCAGCAUACGGGCGAUCGGCCGUACGCGUGCAGCGAGUGCCCGGCCGCCUUCACCACUGCCAGCAACCUGACGGUGCACCGGCGUACCCACACGGGCGAGCGACCGCACGCCUGCGCGCACCCGGGCUGCGGGCGGGCCUUCAACACGGCGCACAACCUGCUGUCGCACACGCGUGCCGUGCACGCCGGCGAGCGGCCCCACGCUUGCCCGCAGCCCGGCUGCGGCCGCCGGUUUUCCCAGAUAAGCAACCUGCGCUCCCACACCCGCGCCGUGCACGAGCAUCUGCGGCCCUAUGCCUGCGACCGCUGUCCCGCGUCGUACUCCUCCGCCAGCUACCUGCGCGCCCACCGGCGCUCGCACACCGGAGAGCGGCCUUACUCGUGCUCCUCGUGCGGUGCCGCCUUUGCCACGUCCGGGGGACUCCGCCAACAUGAGCGCGUCCACUCGGGGGCGAGGCCAUUCGUGUGCCCGGACUGCGGCAAUGCGUACAAGCAGGCCGGCAGCUUGGCGGAGCACCGGCGCUCACACACUGGGGACCGCCCACUCGUCUGUGGAAUCUGCUCCAAGACCUUCGCUGCUGCCAGUAACUUCAGGAAGCACCGCCUCAUGCACGAACGCAAUGGUGACUGUACUUGAGAUUUAGGAUAAUCACUUGUGUUAAUGUAGUAUCCUCUAAUUAUGCAAUUGCCAUUGCAUUUGAUUUUGCAAAAGGCUUCUUUGUGCUGCCAGCAGUUUCAUAUAUAUAUAUAUUGGGAAAGAAGGUCCGGAUUUAAUGUUAUGUUGCUGACAGAGUCAUUAGCGAGGAUAUAUAUCCAAUGACAGUCAAAAUUAGUGCAGUGUCCUUCGAUUAAGCAAUCGCCAAUGCAUUUGCUUUUACAAAGGGCGUGUGUCUCCUGCCAGCAGAUGUGAGAAUGCAUACCUUUCUCUCAAAUGUCGGUGCACCUCAACUAGACCACUAGCGUUAUAUGGCAUCAGCUUAUAGAUACACAGUUGGAGAAGCUGGAAUCAAGAAAAUAAAUCGUGGCUUCGGAAAGCAGAAAGAUUAGGGUUUGAUACCCUCUCACCAGCAAUCUCAUGCUAGGGAAGAAUGAGAAAGGAAUUGGCUCUGUCCUUUCAAAGGAACUAUCUCACUCUUUACUUUAAGUGCUUUAGGAAAAUUACAAGAACACUUAAUGCGGAUGGCACACGGGGAUUUGAACUGCUGUCCUCCUCAAAGUGAGUACAGCAUCUUACACCUCUGUGCUGCCAUGUUCAGUGUUUGGAUGACAGCGGUCUGGCAGUGACUAAAUACAGAUGCGACCUGCCGUUUUUGAGAUACAGUGUUGGACACUUUUGUAAGACAGAGCAAUAUGCGACGGAAACUAGACUGUGGCUGUGCCAUAGAGGAAACACAAGAGAAAACAGUGCAUUAUCUGAACCAGUGAUCAUUUUUCUCGUGCACUGUACUUGAAGGGCUUUAGUGUAUUGCAUAAAUUUGUGGUGAUAAAUAUUUUGCUUCCAGCAAAAGGAAGAAGACAUUAUCAGUCACUUUGAUUGAAAAGAAAGGGCGGUCAGAGAUGAAAGUUCCACUGUCAUCACAGUCCAGUGAGACUGAGACAUUAGCGUUUGUGUUUUAUAGAUGCUUAAAAUGAUCACGUGCAUGGUGUCAGCAACUUAGGAGACAUAUUACUCAUAAAUGGAGUAAUGGGAAGUUCACUAUGCUCUCAGUGGCAAACAUAUGUGAUUAUGUUUAAUAUUGAGGUACAAUGGGAAGGCGACAUACCUGACUUGGCAGCAACAGGAGUGUUUUUAAUACUGGAGCUGCAUUCUUAAUAGCAAAAAAAGGGAAUUGUUACUGACCUCGUCCAGACAGGUCGGUCUACGGGUGAUCUCAGAAGUCGGCAAUACGAGCAACAGUAGAGCAAAUGCUGAACACAAGGCAGUAGCCCCGAGAAGACGUGAGCAGUAUCAGCUGCAGGGACAGGAAUCUGGUUGCUAUCUCCACAAAGAAGAGUAAUGAGUUAUUCUCCAUUCUGCCUGUAACACCAAACUGCCGAGGAAAAGCAGUGUUGACAGCAGUGGCACCAAAAGGAUCAGCAGUGGGAGCCGUAAGGAGUGCAUCAGUCACCAUAUUCGACAGCAUUGUUCGCGGCAGCAGUGACGUAAGGAUGGGGAGCAGGAGUGGGGAGUGCAUCGGCUGAUGCAUUUUGCAGCAGUAUUGACAGCAACGACAUCUGGACCGGGAGCAGAAACAAGGAGUGAAUCGGUCACUGCAUUCGACAACUGGUUCGGAAAUGUCUUGUAGCAAAACGCAAGUGAGGGUAACGUACAUGUCCUGAUCACUACUUUGUUUCUAUCUCUUUUGUUUGUUUUAACCAUACUGAUUUAAUUUUGUUCUGCUAAGAUCAGGCAACCAGAAAAAGUGACUAUAAUUUUUGUGCAGGACAUAUACAUGUGUAGAGAGACGAGCCACGUAGGGUUUAUGGAACGCUCACCUCUCAACAUGGCUGGGUACAACAUGUCUAGUGUAAGCCCAACAUGAAAGCAAUGCAUAUUUUUCUGUGUUCGUUGCGACUCUGAUAGAUUAUCCUUCUUGCGGAAUAUUUAAACUUCUUCCAUAUCAUAAUUCAAGGUAUCUGGUUUACACUUGGAGCUGGCAUUUGCUACGUUUACACGUGACACAACUUCUGGAAGAUGGAAACUGAAUUUUGGAAACAGUUUUCCACUGUCACUUUUCUUUUCAUUGAAUACCUCAAAUACGUUGAAUACAGUUAGGUGAUUCAGUGCAGAUGGCGGCCGACUAUGCUUAAAGGUUGCUCUCCUACCGUGGCUCAACUCUUUCACUGACAGUGUGUGCCUUAUUUCACUUGUUGAUGCUGACGUAACUGAAAUUGAAAGCUGCUCUUUAUAAAUUGUUUGGCAUAAUGGUUACACCAUUAUUUGUAAGGAUAAUAUUAGAAUAUUGAUAGGCAUCAUAUCUCAUUCCAGGAGAGACAGUUAUUCGUUUGAAUAUCACAUGCUCAAGAUGAAGUUUCACUGACUGUAUGCUUCAGUCUUAAUGAAAGCAUGUGAUGGUAUCUAUCUGCUUCGUGUUUAUAUAGAAUUACUGUCAAAGUGACCAGUCUGAAACAUACUGUAUUUCUACUAGCAGAUUUUAGGUGUUUGAUGAUUAAAAUUGCUCUUGGAUGACUGCCACAUCUGUGGAUACUGAGUGAUUGGAAGGGUGAGACAACCUGGUGCUCCAGCAGUUUAAGCUAAGUUUAGACUUUGCAUGCAAGUAUCUCCAGUGAUUUGGUUCUGUAUUAAUUACUCUUUACAAAUAUAUUAAAAACAAAGAUUCUAAGACUUACCCAGCGGGAAAGCGCCGGCAGACAGGCACAACGAACAAAACACACAAACACACACACAGAAUUACUAGCUUUCACAACCGAUGGUUGCUUCUUCAGGAAAGAGGGAAGGAGAGGGAAAGACGAAAGGAUGUGGGGUUUAAGGGAGAGGGUAAGGAGUCAUUCCAAUCCCGGGAGCGGAAAGACUUACUUAGGGGGAAAAAAGGACAGGUAUACACUCGCCCCCUCCCCUCCCCAAACACACACACAUAUAUAUACACAUACACAGACACAAGCAGACAUAUUUAAAGGCAAAGAGUAAGGGCAGAGAUGUCAGUCGAGGCGGAAGUAUAGAGGCAAAGAAGUUGUUGAAAGACAGGUGAGGUAUGAGCGGCGGCAACUUGAAAUUAGCGGAGGUUGAGGCCUGGCGGAUAUCGAGAAGAGAGGAUAUACUGAAAGGCAAGUUCCCAUCUCCGGAGUUCGGAUAGGUUGGUGUUGGUGGGAAGUAUCCAGAUAACUCGGACGGUGUAACACUGUGCCAAGAUGUGCUGGCCGUGCAACAAGGCAUGUUUAGCCACAGGGUGAUCCUCAUUACCAACAAACGCUGUCUGCCUGUGUCCAUUCAUGCGAAUGGACAGUUUGUUGCUGGUCGUUCCCACAUAGAAAGCGUCACAGUCUAGGCAGGUCAGUUGUUAAAUCACGUGGGUGCUUUCACACGUGGCUCUCCCUUUGAUCGUGUACACCUUGCGGGUUACAGGACUGGAGUAGGUGGUGGUGGGAGGGUGCAUAGGACAGGUUUUACACUGGGGCGGUUGCAAGGGUAGGAGCCAGAGGGUAGGGAAGGUGGUCUGGGGAUUUCAUAGGGAUGAACCAAGAGGUUACGAAGGUUAGGUGGACGGCGGGAAGACACUCUUGGUGGAGUGUCCCCACUCGACAUCCGCCAGGCCUUAACCUCCACUAAUUUCAAGUUGCCGCCGCUCAUACCUCACCUGUCUUUCAACAACUUCUUUGCCUCUGUACUUCCGCCUCAACUGACAUCUCUGCCCUUACUCUUUGCCUUUAAAUAUGUCUGCUUGUGUUUGUGUAUGUGCGGAUGGAUAUGUGUGUG